ACCGCAUAGUGUAUACGCAUUACGCGCAGUACCUACAUGUUCGUCCGGCUCCGUGCGACCGGCCUGUUCGUCGUCCGCUCGUCGAUUCCCGCCGUGGUGCUCGUCUACAACCCUUCCGAAACCACCCUCCCCCACCCACGACGAGUACACGUGUUUCGUGUGCGGUCUUUUUGAGUUUUCCACUAGCCCUCUCCAUGCCAAAAAUUGUCCGUGUUUUUUUUUUCGUAUUCGCACGCGAUGACCGCCAUCGCCGCUGUUUUUCCGCCGACGAUCGGGCACCAUGAUGCCGCGGGCGUUUAUGUCAUCGUAGGCGACGGACCAUCUAGUUCGGUAUCGAUCAGCUCUAGUGUUCUGUUGCCGUGAAAAAUACCCAUCAAACACAGGGGUAGGAGUGGCCUACAGGAUACGUUUUUGACGUUUUGUUCACAACUACAGCGCAYACCACCGCAAUGAAUACAGUGGCCGCGAAAGACUUUGUGACCGUCGUAUCGGUGGACGGUGGUGGCCGCGGUGGAAUUCAGCCGGCCGAAGAUUCGUUCGUCACCGUGGUGUCCAUCGGCGAGGACGCCCCCGCGGAUGGUUCGACCUGUAGCGCGGCCGAAGAAGUGCUCGUCUACCGCCUGCCCGGCGAGCGUUUGGGUUUUGGGUUGCGGUUUGACGGCGUGGACACGUGCAACCGACUGUUCGUCCAGUCAUGCGCAGACGGCAGCCCGGCGUCCCGCACUCAGGCGUCAUGGGGACCGCUGGCCGCGGGCGACGAGAUCGUCCAGAUCAACGGCCGACCGGUGAACAGGAUGAGCCGCGACGAUUGCGUCCGAUGCCUUAAGGAGUCCGGGCUGGUCGUCAAGCUGCAUAUGGUGGACGGUCGGCUGGCCGUAAAGGCACCGCCGCCCGUGCCUCCCCGGAAACAGAAGAAACCGGAACCGCCCCCGCCAAUCGCGUCGUCCACCCUGUAUACGGACGCCGUCGAAAGGUUAUUCGUUUAUCACGGCGAAUCGGAAUCGGAUGACACCAACAGCAGCGUUUCUACAGUGGUGUCCAAGUACCCCGCAGAAUCGUCCGUCGGCGAAGACUGCGCCGGAGGCGACGGCGUUAUCAAUGGCGGCAGCGACAAGAACUGCGUGCUGGACAGGGUGCUGGAGCCGUUCAUGCAGCUAGAACGAGAGUUUUCAUCGAGCGCGGCCAUCGGCGACGACGUGGGUCUGUACGAGAAGCUGGYGGCCGUGGCYGAAGAGGACCGGCUGCCACCCAAACCUCUUCCCCGGAAGGAAGUGCGACCGCCCAAGAAGAAGCCGCCACCGCCUCCGCCACCACUUCCGUCUUCGCCGCCACCGCCCGCUUACCGGUUGCCGCCCAGGCUUGUCGAUUUCGUGCACAAAGACGAACCGCCACAAACAGUAGUCGACGCAGCCACUGCAACCGUAGACGAUGACUACCCCAAUGAGAACGAUGACGACGAUGUUUUCGCAAUUGCCACCAAUGAGAUUUAUCAACCUUCAAGUGAUGAUGAAAUUAAAAUGGCAGAUCAACACGAUCCGAAGAAAGAGUGUGACGUGACUCCGGACCUGAUAUCGUGCUGCGAACCCGCUGACCGCCCAUACAGCUGCAGCGGAGGCGGACUGACGGAAACAAUGAAGUCGUCGCAUUCAGCGACCGUAGAGCCUUCCGGUAGAACGGAAUCGGAAACAGACUCGGACGGUACGAGAAACUUUGUUACAACGAUGACACUGAGAAGACCUACUUCGGGAAGAACGGACGAGGUGUGCAACCGGAGCGUGCGUGAUAAAAUAGCGAUGUUCUCGCGGGCCACGGCUACGGCGACUGGCGGCGAGAAAAAAGAUUCGUUGUCGUCUUCGUCAUCGUCGUCGUCGUCGUCUGCUUACUCAACGGCGUCCACAGAUUCGUCACCGGUAGCGUCACCAAAAUCCGUGGUCUACAGCACUCUGCCACGCAAACCGCCACCGCAGCAACAGCAACAACCACAACAUAAACAACACUUUCCAGAAACGGUACGGCCGUCGUGGGGCACACCGGCACUGCAGACUGCUGCCGACCAUCGACGAUCGCAAAGCCUCGUCGAACAGCCGUACAGCAAGUACUUCAACACGAUGAACGCGUACGCGGAAAUGGGACGGUCGUCGCUGAACGCUCUGAUCGAACAGCGCCGGCGGAGCAUGUCCAAGCUUAGGGGACUGGUGAUACCGGAAAAAGUGGUGCCAGGGUCCGGAAGCGGUUUUAACGGCGGUGACGGAGACAGCACAAGUAAUGGUGGAGCCGAUGAGCAUCCGGCUGCGAUUCCCGAUCUGCCGCUGGUGAUAAAAAUUCCGCUGUCGGAAAACGAAGACGAUACCGAUGCCGCGGUGUUGUGUCCGCCCACCAAAACAUACGUCAACGAACCAUUGAUGGGUACGGUAACCAGGCGUGCUAACCCGGUGUCGCAGCAGUCGUUCGUGGUCGUCCCCGUUCUCACACCCGCACCCAUGACGGAACAGCGGCGUCAGUCGUCUACGUCGAGUUCGCCGUCGUCCUCUUCGUCUUCUUCGUCUACGUCGUCGUCGUUGAACUCGAGCCGAGAAGAACUCAGGCACAUACACGACGAACGGCCGAUAUCGUCUGUCAAGUCGUCCAACAAAGGCUCGUUCAAAGCGGACAGCGAUGAAGACUCGGCCCUCAGUUCUAGUCGGUCGAGCACGUCACUCCAACAGUAUUCGCCCGCUUCGUCACCGCCGCCUCAGUCACAGCAGCAGCCGCCGCCACUGCCAUCGUCGUCACCACCGCCACCGGCCACCAACUACGGAAGUUUGCCUGCGUGUGAGACCGGAAAACGAGUGCUGAAAGCCGAAAGCGUGGAGGCCAUCAACCGGAAGAACGUCCUCUGCUCUGCCAGGAUCAGCAGCGGCAAACCGGAACCUCAGCCAGUGAUGUCAUCCCCGGCCAACAACUACGCAUGCAAGACCGAAUAUUUGCCGAACCUGCACCACUACCACCAGCAUCAUCACCAACAACAUUCGGACGGGCCAGUGUUGAAAUCCGCCAAGUCCGGGCUGGCGUUCGCCACCGGAACCGCGGUCGUUAAUAGGUACACGCACAACCGGAUGUCGUCCGUUGAGUCGACGACAAGUGACGAUUCGUCCAUGCAAUACGCAGUCAACGCCGAACCGUUCGGUAGUAUCAGCUCGCUGGCGUCGUCCACCAGUCUGAUUUCGCAACAGGAACUCCAGCAGCUAAUCGACGAGGCCAAUCAAACGUUGGAAGAGAACAACAGCGGUUGUUACGGUGCCUCCUCAGCCGCCACGAUUCCACCGCACUCGGUCGAAGUGACCGUCGUAAUCCUGCACCGGGAUAUGGCCACCAGUAGCGUAGGCAUCACGUUGGCCGGCGGUGCUGAUUAUGAAACUAAAGAGAUAACGGUGUAUAAAGUAUUGUCUGGAAGUCCGGCGGAUAAAGACGGCCGCAUACGAAAGGGCGACCGCAUAUUAUCCAUAAACGGCAAAAGUAUGAAGGGAAUCACGCAUCGAGAAUCAUUGGCAAUACUUAAAGCGCCUAGGUCUGAAGUAGUGUUGGUUAUAUCUAGGUGCAAGUCGGACUUGACCACUGAAUCCGUUGGGCUACAUCAAUCUGCUGACCUAAUGACUCCGACCAAAAAUGAUGUUACAGCAAAUAGAGUGUUUGGGCCAUUAACAAAAAUAGUGUUGUCAAAAGACGGUUCUGGUUUAGGCUUUAGCUUAGAAGGUGGAAAGAAUUCACCAACUGGUGACCAACCAUUAACAGUGAAAAAGAUUUUCACAGGUGGAUGUGCAGAACAAUGUGGACAAAUAUUAGCUGGAGAUGAAUUGGUUUCAGUAAAUGAUAUAGAUGUUACUGGAAUGUCACGUACUGAAGCAUGGAAUUUGAUGAAGAGGCUAGUAAACGGAACUGUUACACUUUGUAUACGACAUGUAAUCUAAAUACUAUUAUACUAGCAUAUAAUAUUUUUAUUGUAUAGACAGUCUAAAAUUAUAUAUUGUAUCUUUAUUUA